UUUUCUUCACUCGACAAAGCCAAAAGAGGAAAUGGAUGGUUUCUUGUCCGCAUAGUUCACCACCUUACAGAAGCCCCCGUCGUCGCUCGGCUCUUUCUAUUAUUGUCCUUCUCCUCCAGAGUUAAGAGGAAUACAGCGCUCGAUCUAAUCAUUCUCUUCGGCGACGAUAGGUUUGAUCUUCGCGGUUAAAGAUGGCAUCGAGGCGCAUUUUGAAAGAACUGAAGGAUUUACAGAAGGAUCCUCCUGUCUCUUGCAGUGCAGGUCCUGUUGGGGAAGAUAUGUUCCACUGGCAAGCUACUAUUAUGGGUCCUUCUGAUAGUCCAUAUUCUGGAGGCAUUUUCAUAGUGAAUAUUCACUUUCCUCCGGAUUACCCUUUCAAACCACCAAAGGUUUCAUUCAAGACAAAAGUCUUCCAUCCCAACAUCAACAGCAAUGGAAGCAUCUGUUUAGACAUCCUGAAGGAGCAAUGGAGCCCUGCUUUGACCAUUUCAAAGGUGCUGUUGUCAAUCUGCUCUUUGUUGACGGAUCCAAAUCCUGAUGACCCUCUUGUUCCGGAGAUUGCUCACAUGUACAAGACUGACCUAGCCAAGUAUGACGCAACAGCCCGUAGCUGGACCCAGAAGUAUGCAAUAAACUGAAGUGAAUUCGUUCUUAAUCUUAAGUUUUGAUCUAUUAAAUGUAAUAUUUGGAACGUAAUUGGAUCGUGUCAAACACUUAAUAUUGUUCUUUCUUUGCUCUUUAAUUAUCUUGACUGGUCGUUAUGUUAAUUUUUAUACAGAAGCAGAUGAUACUUGGAAUGCACCCGAUGGUAGAUA